ACCCCACUCGCUUGCCAAUAGGCGCCGGAGCCACUGUGCGCACGCGCAGGAGUCUAACGUACCGUCCGUCGCGGCCGUUGGUCUCUCUUGUUGGCUAUAAGAAGACACCCAGUACAACAAUGCCAUCCCCACUGGGCCCCCCACGCCUGCCCUCUGUGGACGCCGUGGCCAUCCUGGAGGAGCCUGAGGCAGCACGCCUGCGCUUCCGAGGAUUCUGCUACCAGGAGGUGGCAGGACCCCGUGAGGCCCUGGCCCGGCUUCGAGAGCUGUGCCGCCAGUGGCUGCGGCCGGAGGCAUGCUCCAAGGAGCAGAUGCUGGAGCUGCUGGUGCUGGAGCAGUUUCUGAGCACACUGCCCCCCGAGAUCCAGGCCUGGGUGCGGGGCCAGCGGCCAGGCAGCCCUGAGGAGGCUGUAGCCCUGGUCGAGGGCCUGCAGCAUGACCCUGGGCAGCUGCUGGGCUGGAUCACAUCCCGUGUCCUGAAGCAAGUGGUGUUCCCAGCAGCACAGAAGACAGAGGAGUCCCUGGGGAGAUCCCACCCUUCAGGGACAGUGGAGCUUCUCGGGGCCAUCUCUCGGGAGGGAUCCCAGGACACCCAGACGGAGAGGUCUGCCCAGCUUAGCUGCAGUGUGAAGGAGGAGCCAGAUGCUGAUGGGCAGGAGAUGGCAUCUUCCAAUCCCCCAAAUCCAGCCCAGUGCCAUGAGGGGCACCCUGGACACCGGGAACCAGCCUCCACGUCCUUCCACCCACCCAGGAUUCAGCAGGGAUACCAGCCCCCCAGCCGGAGGCACGGGUGGAGUUGGAGCCUGGGGCACUGCGUACGGGGACAGAGGGUCGAAGAAGCCUCCACCCGGGAGAUGAAAGUGAGAGCCACUGCGAGGGUCCACCCCAGUGCCCAGAGGCCCAGCCACCCCAGGGCCCAGGAUCUGUCACCUGGGAGGGCCCGUCUGGGGCCUCUGUGUCUGCCAGGGCAAUGCUGGGAGCAGGGCUGGAGGCCGGUGCCCCGCGAAGGAAGCCUUAUACCUGUGAGCUGUGUGGCCGAGGCUUUGACUGGAAAUCAGUCUUCGUCAUCCACCACCGGACCCAUGCGGAUGGGCAGGGUCCACAGGCCCUGGGCAUCGGGGGUGCUCAGAAGCUGCCUCUGGGUUCCCGGGAGCCGGGCACACCCCGGCCCCCCCGGCGCAUGCUCCCAGGCCCUCGGAGCUAUGCGUGUGAGGACUGUGGGCGUAGCUUCAGCUGGAAGUCGCAGCUGGUCAUCCACCGCAAGGGCCACGUGGGCCAGCGGCGCCACCUCUGUGGGGACUGCGGCCGUGGCUUUGACUGGAAGUCCCAGCUGGUCAUCCAUAGGAAGAGCCACCGACCCGAAGCCCCAUGAAGGGCCCGAGAAAGUGUCCUCAUCCUGCGGGCUUGGGAGCUUCCAGGGCCUGGACACAGUUCCUGGCGCUCUGGUUCCAGCUUUCCCCGGGGCUGCUCAGCCUCUGUGAUUCUUGGGGGCAGCAGAGGACACUGGUGAAUCAGAGUUCCCAGGAGGUUCCCCUGCCCCAGUUCAGUCUCCCCAAAACAGCCACCUGGGCGUAAGUGGAAAGAAGCUGCCCCUCCUUCCACCACCCCGUGAGGCCCGAGUUAGAAUCUGCUGCCUAAGCCUGGUGACUUCCUGGCUCUGAGACCCCAGCUUUGACCCAAUGCAGGCUGACAGGCCAAGGACUCUCCCUACCCCUGGGACCUCAGUGGCCCCAGGUGGCUACUCAGAAACUGCCCCUUUCCACCCUUCCUGAAGCUUCCGGGCCCGAUGUCUCGGUGUAGAAGGUGCAGACGGCCCAGGAGAAUAUGCCUUGCCUCUGUUUGCAGGCAGAUGGAAAACUAGUGCCCGUCCACGUUUGAGAUUUUUUAGAAAUUUCACUUUCAUAAUGGAAAGUUUCUGCAUAAGAAUCCUGAUCUCUGCUUUCCAUGGGUCAGAAUAUUGGCAGUGCCACUGAAUGACUAAGCCACCCAGGCUUAGUCGCCCCACGUGAACCCUUUUAAAGCAUGGAGUUUUCUCUGGCUCGUGACAGGAAAGGAAGUCCAAAGGACUCGAAGCAUGGGGCACCUGGGUGGCUCAAUCAGUUAAGCAUCUGCCUUCGGCUCUGGUCAUGAUCCC